CGGAGGGGAAGGGGCUGGGCCAUAAAGUCUCGCGGGAGAGCGCGGGAGGCGGUUUGAAAGAUGGCGGAUGAGGUGGAUCAGCAACAAACAACAAAUACUGUAGAGGAGCCACUUGAUCUCAUCAGGCUCAGUCUAGAUGAGCGAAUCUAUGUCAAAAUGAGGAAUGACAGAGAGCUUAGAGGCAGACUACAUGCAUAUGAUCAGCACUUAAAUAUGAUUUUGGGUGAUGUGGAAGAAACUGUAACUACAAUAGAGAUUGAUGAAGAAACCUACGAGGAGAUUUAUAAAUCUACCAAAAGGAAUAUUCCGAUGCUCUUUGUCAGAGGUGACGGCGUUGUGCUUGUAGCUCCCCCGUUGAGGGUUGGCUGAAGCAACAAAGGAUUUAACCUUGUUGGAAAGUUUCAGACUUUUGGACAAUGGUUCGUGUUUCAAUUGUGUCUCAAAAUUUUGUAUGUGUUUUUUAUAGGAUGUUUUUGUCUGCCCUUUUGGGAAGGGGAACCAGUUUGUUUUGCAAAAGGUACAUGUCAAUUGAAGCAGUGUAAACCCAACCUGAUUUUCUCAGAAUUAAUCUAACUGCUGUAAAUUGACUGUCUUGUCACAUUGGUAAAAGAAUCCUGCAUUUUUUCAAUCUUGGCAAUAGCACUGUCUUAAUUUUCUGUUUUAAAUAAAUUCGGUUUGUCUUUCAGA